UCUAGAGCAGAACCUCUCUUCUGAAGAAGGCUGAAGGUGUAGUCAGGAUCUGACUUUUGCUGUGUUGUCUUGUUUCAGGGGCUACAACAAUUCCAGGCGAGGUGUGGGACCAUUAGCAUCUGCAAACAAUUCUGUUGUGUCCUACAAAAAACGUGUUGGAGGAACAGCCAUCCCAGCAGUCAUGUCAAAGGAUGAAGUGAGCUGCAAGUUGACUUCAGUCUACAAGCACAAGGAACGUAAGCCUAAAAAACCGCAUUACAUCCCAAGGCCAUGGGGAAAGCCCUACAACUACAAGUGCUUCCAGUGCCCUUUCACCUGCAUGGAGAAGUCCCAUCUCUAUAACCACAUGAAGUACAGUCUGUGUAAGAACUCACUCUCACUGCUUAUCGAGUCUGACUGGCCCUACAAAAAAGGAAACUUGCUGCACCCCGAGCUUCGCCUCCUGCAGGCCACAGAGACAUCUCGGCUCCAUGGGAGGAGGGAUGAGCAAGAGGCCUGCGACUCUUCAGCUGCAGCGGGAGUGAUGGCUAAUCCGAAGCAAGCUGCAGAUGGAGAUGGUGAGGGUGACCAGCCAGCACCAGAAGCUGAAGUCCUGCCCUCAGAAGAGAACAAUGAAGAAGCCAGCCAUUUCCAAGAGGAGGAGGAAGACAUGACUGGGCUGCUGAGGGAGAUGGAUUCAGCUGAGAAGAAGGAGAAAGCAAAGGAGGAGACAGGUGAUCCUUCUGAACCAGAGGUGAACACCCUGGUUUUUGGAUUCAAGAACAAGAGGGACAAGCCUUGCAAAGAGGUUGAGCCUGAUUUCAUCAUCACAGAUGUCUUCUCACUGAAGAACCACAUGAUGAAGGGCAAGGAAACUCCUUAUCCAGACUUAGAAGCCAAACCAAAGCAUUGCAAGGUGCCAAAGAAAUGCCUGGGGAGCAGUGGGAUUCUCAUGGAGCAGUGGAAGCUGGUUGCUAAUGGGCAAAGAAGAGGUACCAAUGAUGUCUCCCCACCUUGUACUGAAGGUAACAUCAUCCCCUGCUAUCCCCCUCCAGCCUAUGGUGAUUACCAUGAACCUCAUGGCCUGAACCUCUCACUGCUGGGCAUUAACUACCCACUGAACCCCAGCCUCUUUUCCUAUCUAGGUCCCACCAUGACCAACAGUGCCACAGCCCACCCCCACCUCACUCAGCUGCCCUUCCUAGCCUCCACUGCUCAGCUGAUGCACCCACAUUCCACUCACUUCCAGCCCCUCCAGCACCCUGAGAGAUCAGCCUUCCUGCCCCGGUUCUACUACCCCUUGCUCUUUGAACAUACCUUUGGCUCCACUGAAAGCAAGACAGCUGCAGGCAAAGCAGAGGCCCAGCAGCCAGCAGGGUCAGCUAUGCCAGCUCCUCCCCAACCCCAAACUGCCAGUGAACCCCAGAAAGCAGGACUGCUGAAGGUGCCAGUGCUGAAGACCAAUUUUCCUUGGGUGAAAGGCAUCCGAGAGGAAGAAGAGGAGAAAUGGUUGCCCCAAGAAAAAGAAAGCAAUCCAGCUUUGGGCAUCAACAGCUUGCGCAAAAAGCCAGCACCCGAUGUCUACCAGAAUCUUGUGGGGAUAAAGGAUGGUGUCUUUCUCCCCAACGGCAGCAGGAAGGCAGAGUUACCAGUGGUCACUUGCCUGGAGAAUGCUGGUGCUCCAGUCAGCUCUCUGAAGAGGAAGUUCAUUGGGAGUGGGCUUGAUUUUAUGCCACCUGACCCUCUGAUUCCUGGAAAACUAGGCUAUCAAUCCAGCACUUUGAGAAUGACCCCUGCCCAGCUCCCAAAGUCCCUGGACCGCUGGCAUAUGGAGUUCCACACUCGUCCAGCUGAAGAGCAGGAGAAAACCAGUGGCCCAGAACUUGUGUCCCCAGCAAUCACCCCCUUGGAUCACACCCCGUGUAAGCAAAGCAAAGUGCAAGAGACUUCAGCCAGCACAACAGACCCUGAGGCUACCACCCUGCUCAUUGGGGAUCUGUCAAAAACCCUUGAGGAGUACCAGGAGGUGGAGAAGAAACUCUCUGACCUGGCAAAAGAGGACACCCCUGGACAAAAGCACCUGAGAGAGCAGCUAGUCAAAAUCCGAAGGGAACUCUACCACAUCCACCAGGCACUAGAGAAAGCCACCAAGCCCCAUGAAGGCCCCUUGGACCUCUCAGUGAAAAGAUCCUCAGAAGGGCCUGAGAAGGGCCACCAGGCCAAGAAAGAUGCCUAUAAUGUUAGACUAGGAGGUGAAAAGCUCCAGAGCAAAGACCAAGGUGCUAUCAACAAGUGCGUAGCAGCUGGAGAACCCGGAGAUGGGGACGGGAUGCCAAGUUGCCUUCUGGAGGCUGAGAACAAAACCAUUGAUCUGCUGAUCAAGAUGAGCCGGUCAGAGAACCUCCAGGCAUCGUCUACUGAGGCUCAUCUGGGUGCCGUUAUCAAAGCUGAGGUGCUGCCCCUCAACAUGCCCCUGGAGCUCCGACAUGUGAUGGAGCCCUACUACAGCCGCACCACCAAGUGCGAGGCAGACUCCAGCGUGCUGCUCUGCACAGAUGGGCGCUCCAACACCACCCAAGGCCCUCAGCUCCCUGUGACUGAGGAUGGCCCACUGAGCUGCCGAGCCAUGCAGCGCUCCCUGUCCUGUGGUCUUCCCAAUGAUACAGAUGCAGCGUGUAUCCACAGCCCUUUAAACGCAGACUCAUGAUCCAACCUGGCACCUGCUCUCAGCACUUGGAUAUCUCUAAUUACCUUCUUCUUGCUCUCAACCCUGCCAGCCCCAUUUCCCUGACAAAGGCUUAGCCACUACCUGACUGUGAGGCCACGUAGCACUGUGCUCUUGUUAACUCCCUGUGACAGAAUCCAUGAGGUGUAAACAACACAUCCCCUCACCGUUCCUCUUCCCACUGCUAAGGACAGUGCUCAUGGGCUCUGCAUGUACACAGUUACAACUCCCUGAGCCCAGGAGCUGCUUCAAAGGGAAUGCAAACCAGCAGGCCAGGGAGUCUUUUCAAAGGGCAGGUGUAACUGAGACUGAGCUAUCUCCCUGCUUCCUACCAGGGGUUUGCUGACAAUAGGAGGGGAGUCUUUUAUGGCUGACUGUGGAGGCCUGAGGAGACCAGCAUCUAUGACUUGGGGAAGUGAAUCUGCAAAGCCUGAGACAGAUGAGCUGAGACAGGCCGGAGGCCUGCUAAGCCCUACAGGACAUGCAGCUAAUCCUCAAUUAAUUGUGACUAUCAUGUCUUAUAAAGUAGAUCUGGGGAACUGACAGUUGGUUUGGGGUGGCCAACAGGAACAGGCACCCACAUUAACCUAGCUGGACGCCAAAUAGUUCCAGCUGCUCCUGAUAAUAAACACAAGAACAGCAGCAAGAGUAUGUCUCUGGCCAUAAGUACAAGCUGGAUCCUGCAGGAGAGACUUGACAAUGGGGCAUCUUCUUCCCUUUGACCAUAGCUUCACAAGGGCCCUGCAGCUGGAGGGACUCAUCGUACUCCUGUAGAGCAAUUGAAUAAUGGUCUUUCUGAGGAGCCUGGCUGCCCACAGGGCAUCUGGC